CGUGGCCACCGGAGCGCCCCAAAUCCCCGCUGAAGUAGGUGGCGAGCCGGCGGGAGGCGGCGGCCGCUCCUCCGCAGCGACGGGAAGAUGGCGCCGCCGGAGACGGAACGGGGGCUGAAGAGCGUCGUGUGGCAGAAUAGAGAAACAUUGAUGUGAGAGAGAAACAUCCACCUGUUGCUUCCUGUACCCGACCCAGGAUUGAACCUGCAACCUGGGCAUGUGCCCUCACCUGACGUUUGAACCGGCGACCUUUCAGUGCACGGGAGGACACUCAACCAAGUGAUCCAGACUGGCCAGGGCAGUUCUUAGAGUCUUGGUGUAAAUAGAAACAUAACCGGAAAUUCAAGAUGAUGUUCAUUCAACAUUUAGGGAGGGGAGAGAGAGAGAGAGAGAGAGAGAGAGAGAGAGAGAGAGAGAGAGAGAGAGAGAAGGGGAUGCCUGUGAGGUCUCUUAGUAAAAGGUGACAGGGUCUGAAGAAAUGAUGAAAGAAUCUCCUUAGAGAAAUAAAAGCAACAGUGUUUGAUGACUGCAAGAAAGAAGACGAAUGGAAGAUAAUGCUUUUAGAUGAAUUUACCACUAAGCUUUUGGCAUCGUGUUGCAAAAUGACAGAUCUUCUAGCAGAGGGUAUAACUGUUGUGGAGAAUAUUUAUAAGAUUCGGGAACCUGUCAGACAGAUGAAAGCUCUUUAUUUUAUCUCUCCAACAUCAAAGUCUGUAGACUGUUUUUUACGUGACUUUCCAAGUAAGUCGGAGAGUAAAUAUAAAGCGGCAUACAUAUACUUCACUGACUUUUGCCCUGAUAGUCUCUUUAACAAAAUUAAGUCUUCUUGUUCCAAGUCAAUAAGAAGAUGUAAAGAAAUAAAUAUUUCCUUCAUUCCACUUGAAUCUCAGGUAUACACUCUUGAUGUACCAGAUGCAUUCUAUUACUGUUACAGUCCAGAUCCCAGUAAUGCAAAUGGAAAAGAUGCUGUAAUGGAAGCUAUGGCUGAGCAGAUAGUUACCGUGUGUGCUAGCCUUGAUGAAAAUCCCGGAGUAAGGUAUAAAAGUAAACCUCUAAAUAAUGCCAGUAAACUUGCCCAACUUGUUGAAAAAAAACUUGAAAACUACUACAAGACUGACGAAAAGAGCCUAAUAAAGGGUAAAACUCAUUCCCAGCUCAUAAUAAUUGACCGUGGCUUUGAUCCUGUGUCCACUGUCCUGCAUGAACUGACGUUUCAGGCAAUGGCAUAUGAUCUACUGCCGAUUGAGAAUGAUACAUACAAAUAUAAAACUGAUGGGAAAGAAAAGGAGGCGAUCCUUGAAGAAGAUGAUGACCUCUGGGUCAGAAUUCGACACCGGCAUAUUGCAGUUGUAUUAGAGGAAAUUCCCAAGCUUAUGAAGGAAAUUUCAUCAACAAAGAAAGCAACAGAAGGAAAGACAUCACUUAGUGCUCUUGCCCAACUGAUGAAAAAGAUGCCGCAUUUCCGAAAACAGAUUACUAAGCAAGUUGUUCAUCUUAACAUAGCAGAAGAUUGCAUGAAUAAAUUCAAGUCUAAUAUAGAAAAGCUCUGCAAAACUGAACAGGACCUGGCGCUGGGAACUGAUGCAGAAGGACAGAAGGUGAAGGAUUCCAUGCGAGUGCUCUUGCCAGUUCUGCUCAGCAAAAACCACGACAAUUAUGAUAAAAUACGAGCAAUCCUGCUAUAUAUCUUCAGUAAUAAUGGAACAACGGAAGAAAAUCUGGAUAGGUUGAUCCAGAAUGUAAAGAUAGAAAAUGAGAGUGAUAUGAUUCGUAACUGGAGUUACCUUGGUGUCCCCAUUGUCCCCCCGUCUCCACAAGGCAAACCAUCAAGAAAGGAUCGGUCUGCAGAAGAAACUUUCCAACUCUCUCGAUGGACACCUUAUAUCAAAGAUAUUUUGGAGGAUGCCAUUGAUAAUAGAUUAGAUUCAAAGGAAUGGCCAUAUUGUUCCCAGUGCCCAGCAGUGUGGAAUGGCUCAGGAGCUGUAAGUGCUCGCCAGAAACCCAGAGGUAAUUAUUUGGAAGACCGAAAAAACGGGUCCACACUGAUUGUUUUUGUUAUCGGAGGAAUUACGUACUCUGAAAUGCGUUGUGCUUACGAAGUUUCUCAGGCACACAAAUCCUGUGGAGUUAUUAUUGGUUCUACCCAUAUUUUAACACCCAAAAAGCUGUUGGAUGACAUAAAGAUGCUGAAUAAAUCCAAGGAUAAAGUCUCCAUUAUGAAGGAUGAAUAGUAUUUGUGGGUGGGAUGGUUCUUACUCAUUCUUUCAACUAAACUAGAGCAAAGACAGUGUUGCUUUUAUGCAGUUUCAACAAUGUAAAUAUUUUAUGGAAUAAUGGUUUUUCAAAUAUAUUUCUUAAAGGACUGCUUAUGGUUACAUAUAAUUGGAUUUGACAUUUUUAAUUUAAACAUUGAUAUUUUGUUGAUGAUGAGAAGAAAUAUUAAAAUGCUUUUAAAAGAAAAUCUUUUCACCUUUGGAAUAGAAUAUGAGUUAUGGGUAAUUUUUUACAGCCACCUGUGUACAUACUAAUGACUUCUUAAAUACUUAUCUGUUUUAUACUGAAGUAUAGUUUUUGGGAAAAGAAUGAUUUUAAAUGAAAAGGUUAUAAAAUUAAAAACUGUAAAUGUGUAUAUAUAUGAUAAAGGAUUUUUCUGUACAUGAGAUUUUUCUUUCAACUAAAAUUUAUAAUUUCCUUUAUGUGUAAAAUAAUUCAGUUGUAAAAUUAGAAAGAUUUCACAGUAUGUACUGUCUUUCUAGAUACUUCUAAAGAACACAGUUUUAUAUCACUUUGAAAUCAUGUAUGUUUAAAUUGAAAAACCAAAAGUACUCAUGAAUAUUCUAAGAAAAAAUAAAUAUGUAGUUACAAAAUUAUCUUUGUUUUGGGUGGGGAGAGGUAGAGGAAGUUAGGAAGUUUAAAAGUUCUAAGCCAAGUAGUUAGAAAGGGAAUGCACAUUAAUCUUCCUACCAAGGUAACCCAUUGACUUUUUUAAAAGUCAUGUAAUAUAUGUGUAAGGUUGGGUAAUACUGUUUCCAUGCACUGCUUGACAGCAGGGAUAUGUUCGGAGAAAUGUGGCAUUAGGCAAUUUUGUCCUUGUGUGGAUAUCAUCGAGUACCUUACACACAACCUGCUGCACACCUGGCUUGUAUGGUGUAGCCUAUCGUUCCCAGGCUACAAGCCUGUACAACAUGAGAUUAAAUCAAGCAGAAGAGAAAACGAUGCAAUCGAGAGACACGCUAAACACAAGAUGUACGAGGCUGCUGCUGGCAUAACACACCAUACUGCUUUACGGCAGACUUUUUAAAAAAUGUUUUCAUUGGUUUUAGAAAGAGAGGAAGGGAGAGAAAGAGAAACAUUGAUGCGAGAGAGAAACAUCAAUCAGUUGCCUCCUGUACCCACCCCAACUGGGGAUCAAACCCAAAACCCUGGGAAUAUGCCCUGACUGGGAAUGGAACCAGUGACCUUUCAGUGCAUGGGAUGACUCUCAACCAACUGAGCCACACCAGCCAGGGUAAAAUUUUUUAUGAAUAGAAAAGAAAAAAUAUACUCUAAAAUGACAAUAAAAAGUAUAAAUGCAGCCCAGCCGGUGUGGCUUAGUGGUUGAGCAUCAGCCUAUGAACCAGGAGGUCAUGGUUCAAUUCCCAGUCAAGGGCACAUGCCUGGGUUACGGGCUUGAUCCCCAGUAGGGGGUGGCAAGAGGCAGCCAAUCAAUGAUUCUCUCUCAUCUUUGAUGCUUCUAUCUCUCCUCCUCCCUCUUUGAAAUCAAUAAAAAAUAUACUUUUUAAAAAGUAUAAAUACAUAAA